AACUUUUGUUCUGGAUGCGAUUAAUCGCGAUUAAUCUUUUGACAGCCCUACUUUUUACUUUAGUGCCAUAUGGUCUUGCAGAGCAGAAUAUUAAGUACAAUAAUAUAACUUGAAAUGUCAAGCAAUACGAGCAACUCUUGGAAAACAACUGUAAUAAUCAGCACUUCGCCUCAGUGCGAUAAACCCUCGAAUAUGUUAUUAGCACAGCAGCACAGAAUUCGUCGCUCGGACAGCAUUCUGCCCUCUUCUUUUGUAUUUCCAACGUCAGGCACAGCAUUUUUGCUUGUCACACCCGAGGAGUUUCCUGCAAAUCUUGAGAAUGGAGAAGUUUUUGAGAGGGUUGAAAAGUUUAUGCAGGUCCACAGAAAUAGUUUCCUUUUGCUCCAAGCCCCAGUCUACGGAAUAAGGGAGUGGGAGAUUUUAUCAUCAGUGCAGAACAGAUUUCUCGGCGGUAACCUCAGAGUCUUACCUGUGCAUAAUACUAGUGAUGUAGUCAGAGGAAUGCUGGUCAUCGCUGAAGCCACAAGUAAACCCCGUGUAGAGAAUUUAAGAGGUCAGAUGGUUUUGGCCUGUGCUCACAUCAUUGAUCACUGUCCUGUUUGGCAAAUGCUUAAGGAGAUGCAGCUCCGUUGAUAUUCAGCAGUGUGGUCCAUAAGGGUGGUCUUUGAUUUUCUAUGCUUCUUUUUAACAGCAGGUGUCAGUGUAAUACCAUAGAAGCCUGUUAAACUCUUACCAGCGGCCCAUAACUUUUAUUUAAAUGUUUAAACUAAUAAAUAACUUUUAUUUAAAAAAGAAUACCACGAAUGUUCUUCUAAUAGGAUUUAAAGAGAAAGCUAUUUUUAUUUGUGGUGAAAAGCCCUUAAAAGCAAUGAUUCACAAAACAUUA